UGUACAUCAGAUUCAUCAGACUGAAAUAAUGGAAGUGUGUGUGGAUUCCGUGGAGUCCGCAUAUAAAGCGGAAUUAGGCGGUGCCUCUAGGGUUGAACUGUGUGCAAAUCUUAUGGAAGGAGGUACAACACCUAGCCUAGGAAUGUUAAAGGUGAUAAAGGAGCAUGUAAAGAUUCCAGUGUUUUGUAUGUUACGACCAAGAGGAGGAGAUUUUCUGUACACAAAAGAAGAAAUGAAAGUGAUGAUUUGGGAUUUGAAUGUUCUGAAAGAGCAUGGAGCUGAUGGAUUUGUGAUUGGAGCUCUUACAAGUGAUGGUUCAGUUGACAAAGAAGCAUGUAAAAAACUAAUCGAUUUAGCUGGUCAGUUGCCAGUAACAUUCCAUAGAGCCAUUGACAUGUGUUGUGACUGGCGCCAGGCUCUGGAAGACAUCAUCAGUCUAGGCUGUCACAGGGUACUGACCAGUGGUCAAGAUUCCUCAGCACUGGAAGGACUGCCCACUAUCAAAGAGAUGAUUCAACAGAGCAGAGGUAGAAUAACAGUCAUGCCAGCUGGUGGAAUAAAUGAGAGAAACGUGAAGAGGAUUUUAGACGGAUGUGGUGCUAAAGAGUUCCAUGCUUCUGCCAGAAGCUUGUGUCAGUCAGCCAUGUUGUAUAAAAACUCUUCUGUUGCUAUGGGAGCAAGCUUAUCACCCGAUGAAUUCAGUCACAAAGUAACAGAUGAUAAAAAAGUAAUGAAUUUGGUUACCAUAGCAAUGCAGGUUUCUAGUAGUUGAUGUACUGUAUGCUGGUAAAUAUUGUACAUAAUAGGAUUGAUUUAAUGAAUGCAGGACAUUGUGACAUCAUCAGUCAAUUUUUUUUUCAUGUAAAAGUGCAACUAACAAAAUGGAUAAUUUCCAAAGAAAACCGUGCCAUUGGAUGUGAUCUUCCGAUAAAGUAAAUUCUAACACACUGUCAAGUAUUUUACUGGAAUGCCAACUGCUCUGCUCUUUACUUAAACUUACAAUUUAUCUGUUUCCAAGUCACCGUACAGACAAAAAAGCAAAUCUAAAAGCCCUAUACUUUUAAACAUUUUAUUGCCCCGCAUUUUUUAAAUACAAUAUGUUUCGCAUAACUCCAAUAUGAAGGGACUGGAAAAUACAGUUGUGUAAAGAUUCGAGGCAGACAAUUUCAUCUAUUACCACAGAAAAAAAUUUUCCCUCAAGAUUUCUUUGGGGUCAACCAUAUACUUAUAUAAAUACAUGUAGUUACGUGGUAUUGAUUGUAUUUACACCAAGGAGGAAUAAAGACCUCUGUAACAUUGUUCUAUUUAUGAC